AUGUUCCAUCUCAGGUCUGCCACCAGAUUGGGAAUUGGCUCUCGUUUUACCCUUGGAAUAUGUCAUCCUCCAACAUUUGCUCCUAAGCAUACCUUCUCCAAAAGAGGUGUCAAAACUCCCACCAUCGACUGGAAGCCUAUCAAGUCUUCUGUGACCAAUUUAUCUAAAGCAGAGAACCAGUCUAAGUCGCCGGUAUUCCGGAAAUUUAUUUUGGGUCUCAUGAUUGCAAUGCCUGUCAUUAGUUUCUUCUUAGGUUGCUGGCAGGUGAAGAGACUUCGGUGGAAGGUGGAAUUGAUUUCCAGAUCGGAACAUUUGCUUGCUGAGCCUCCACUUGAAGGCUUACCUGCCAAUCUCGAUCCUAGCGUGAUUCUGGAAUUUGAAUUCCGUAGGUUUAAAGUCAAGGGUCAUUUUGACUACGACAAGGAGUUGUUUCUUGGUCCCAGAUUGAGAAAUGGAGAAUUGGGAUACCUACUCAUCACACCCUUUGUCAGAUCAGACGGAGGGGAUCCCAUUUUGAUUGAAAGAGGCUGGAUCCAGAAGGAGAAAGUUAUUCCAACCCGCAGAGCACGCGGCUACUUGGCCCAUUUGGCUAUGCCACAGGGAGAAAUCGAGAUCGAGGCCAUGUUUCGCAUGAUGCCAAAAAAAUCCACGUUACAGUACGACCAUGAACCGGGUAGUCGACUUUUCCAUAUUCCUGACGUAGAAGCCAUGGCAAAGGAAACCGACUCAUUGCCAAUUUAUGCUCAAAUGAUGUACUCACUCAAGGAUCAACCAGAUUGGAAAUCUCCUGAAGAGGUAGCAGAAACGAAAACGGGUCUGAAAUGGCUAGGACUAUUCUCAAACAAAAAAGAUCAUUCAACAGAACACAUUCCUGUCUCGGAAACAGAUUCGACCAUGGAAUGGCAAGAGUUUGAGUUCUUCAACCAGGGUGUUCCCAUUGCAGCUGUUCCUAAGGUUUCCUUCACCAACAACCACAUGCAAUACUUGUUUACGUGGUUCGGAGUGUCAAUUGCUAGUACGGCUCUUUUGUUCUACACGUUCUACAAAAAGAAGGAUUUGCUGAGUGCCGAAAAAGUCAUAGAGGCCAAACGAAGGGAAAUGAAGAAGCUCUUGUGA